CGGACAGUGCGCAACUGCAGCUGAGCCCCUCCGCCCCUCCGCCACCUCCGCCAUCUUCGCUUCGUCUUUCGUCUUAUUGCCUGUUUCUCGGCCUCUGUGCAUCUUGGCUCUUGGUAGUAGCCUCCACCAUCGUGCUCCGUGAUACCCGCGAACCUAGAAUCCACCACAUCAGCGGCCGAGACCACUGGCAUCACCCUUCUGGCCUUCCUGAAAGUAGCGGUCUCCGUGGCAUCUCUUCUGUCGACAUCGGCGAUUCACUGGAGCAUCCUUGCAACCCCUCGGUAUCGCCCAAACGAGCUAAAGACAAGCCCCACGCACUGAGAUAGAAUGCGCUCCAGAUGACUGCAGUACUCCCAUCCUAUCGCGAGGCGACUGCGCGUCAAGAUUGGCUUCAUCUCGUGGCGUCCUUUGUAGCGCUUCCAGACUACCCAGCGCUUUGCCUGGUAGAUAGGCGCUUCUGGCAUGUCUUUGCGCCACGCCUUUGGUUUAACGUCUUGCUGGCCGUCCGGCAAGCCGGCCUACAAUCAGGGGAUGACUUAGCUUGGUGGUUUAACUUUGUCUUUGUUCGACUUGAACGCACCCAGCCCAAGACUCGAGCCUUAGUUCGCGUUCUCGACGCCAGGGAGUUUGCAAAGGACUCAUAUCAUUUUGCUUCAGACCAACAAGAGCGGUCGCUAAACCAGAGUUUCAAGCGGGCGCUUACCCUCCUACCAAAUCUGACUUGCAUUCUCCUUGAUGGCCACGCUGAUUUAGACCCGGGAAACUUCCUUGUUGGCAAUGAUCCGGGGACACGGGAUCAACGGCUUCUCAUGCUGAGUAUUGCCGGUUAUCCAUCUCCCUUGCCAUCAACCUUUUUUAACUUUCCGAAAUUAACCGGAGUGGUUUAUCUUGACAUCUCUGGCAUACCUGGAUCCAUUUGGUCGAUGAUCCAACCAUCUAUUCUGCCGGACUUACGCAUUCUCAAGAUUCGCAAUCGUGAGGUCGACGAUGUGGCGUUCAACGCUCUGGCCCUUUGUUUCGGAGUUCGGCUCUGGAGCUUGGACAUCAGUGAAAACCGCAUAACGGACGCCAUCAUUGCACCGCUGACCACAAAAUGCUUCCGCGCAAGCAACCUUCGGUCCGAAGCUUACUUUCGAGUCGAGGGAAAGCUUGGAACGGCCCGAGGGGGAACCCCUGACUACGGAACAUUCAUCUUUGUAGAGGAGUCGGAGUGGAGCGGUUCAUUUUCCCACCCAGAACGCUAUCUCGCCGAUGCCCCAAUGUACAUGGCAGACCCAGAAUCGGGACCACAGGAGUACCAAUUUUUCCGGUCCGAUGGGCAGGGUCGAAUUAACCCAGACUCCGCUGAUGACGUGCACCGAGCAUUUUCCGAUCAGGAUCGCCAUUUGUCCGUGGAGAACUAUCGUGACUGUCUGGGUCUGACCCACUUGAAUUUGUCCAACAACAAGAUCUCGGCCUUUGGGAUUGAGAAGCUGCUCAGAAAUUCCAACGGCCACUUGGAGGAACUAGCCAGCAAUUUUAUGCCACUGGUAGUUCCCCCAAAGACUCAAUCGCGGAUAUGGCCUAAAUCAGCCAUGUUGUAUGGGAUACUGAACGCAGCUCAUGCCCUACGUCCUCUCUUCUCGUCUAAUCUCCGUACCCUGAGGCUGCACCACUCUGUUGUCACUCAGAUCCCCGCGCUGGAAAUGGAAGGCUUGUCGAAAUUGAGUCGGUUGUAUAUCGCCGAGACCUCAAUUCUAUCCCGCUCAGAGCAAGCAUACGCCCAGUCCUUUGUUCCAGACAUGAAUCCACGAUUGACUUCGUUAACCCUCACGAGCAUCCCACGACGCUCAUCUGGCCCACUGAUCGCCAAGCUGGUCCAUUUUCUCAAACUGCUAUCGAUUCAAGAGCGGUUGAUUCACGAUGCGAGCACGAUAUCAUCAUCAUGGCGUGGGUCUGGUACAUUAAAAGGUCUCAGACAUCUUCGGCUUGAGUUUGAGUCAGAUGCUAAGGAAGAGAGCACCGACAUGUCCGAACAUAUCGAUGCGGAAGAAUUAAUGAACACUGGGGAUCAAGGAUUUAGUUUCUUUAAUGACGAACGUGCGACACGCCGACCAACAUUGACUUCGCAGUUGUCUGGUCUGGGAGGUGUUACAAAUUCAAGUGGGGCUACCCAUAAGAGCUGCGACGAUGAGUCGGACCGAGUAGACGGCGAUUUCUUGACUCACAAUGGAGAGUGGAAUGGGGAGGCCUUCUCAGUGCCGGUAUGGAUCGGGCCCAAGGUGCCGAGCGGCAACUCCGUCAUCAAUGAAUAUCGGAGGUUGGUACUGAAGCACAAUCUCCGAGACGGAGUUGGUCCGGCGACAACAAGUCAAGUGAUUGCGGGUGCACCUGACAAAUCAUACAUCUUCCACACGGCGUGGUGUAUGGCGAUAAUGCCCGACAAGCUUGAAGCACCCCCGUGGGAUAAACUUAUGGCCAUGAAGGACGUUUUAGAGGAGCUGAAACAAUUUCGGUUGAGGGGAAGAGUCAAACACAUGGAUCUCAAGAAACAGACCACUGGAGGAACAAAAGUCCCUCCAGGUGAACCUCACUUUUUCUGGAUGGGUAAGUUGGAAGUUUCAAAAGAAGAGCCGAUGCAUCGAUAAAAGCCAUCAAAGAAUUGGAGAUGAACUAAAUGAUAUGGUUUGUCGGUUAACGCUGGUAUGUAAAUACAUGGAUAUAUCGUGUGUAUAUACUAAACGAUACCCAGAGGCCCAUAACAACGGCUGCUAUGCUCUGGUAUUCAACCCAGGCAGAGUAGUGGUCGCGAAGACCACGUUGUUGCCUGUGAAGGGCUUGGUGCCAGCACCGACAGUCUGGAUCCUCUGGCCCCCGCUGACACCUUGGUUGCUGCUGAGGUAAUCGACAAAGUCUAUGAGGUCACCAC